AUGAGUCCCUCCUUUUUGGACAAACUCCCUUUUGACAUUCUGUUCUGUGUUGCUGCCCAUUUGAGCCUCGAAGACAUUGUGCAUCUAAGUGUAACAUGUCGGCAGUUGCGGGCUCUCCUGGACGAACGGACAGUCUGCAGAAGUGCAGUCCAAAUGGAGUAUGCCUAUACGGAAGAAGCGAGGUUAGCAAGAGAAGGGGUAAUCACAUAUAGACAUGCUCUGGAAGCAAUUUACGACAGAAGAAGCGCCUUGUCCAAUGCACAGCCUUUUGGAGCACAUGUAUGGGGCACCGGGAAUGCUUUUGUUUAUCGACACGGGAUUUUGUGCGUGCUCAAAGGUUAUAUGGUUCGUGUUUCGGAUUUACGCUCACAAUCAUGUGAUGUUUGUCUCGAUCUCAGCGCUUUCGUGAGACACAUCCUAGGUCCUUCUUUUGCGUCGCCGGAAGACUUGAAGCUGGAUCUGCUCAACUAUGCCGAAGGAAUACUCGCUGCUUACGUUGCAGAGAAAGACAGGCCGGAUGGUGGUUAUAUUCUGGCCCUUGAUACGCGGCUUGGAUGUCCUGAUAAUAGAAGGCUAGUCCGAGUAGUGCCGUUGGCCUCGAGCUCCAAGCUGUUUGUCAGAAACACGGCCGACUACCUGUACUACGGGACGUAUACAGGGCGGGGAAAUGACGGCCACCACAAGUGGGAGAUUGGCGGAAUAUGUCUCAGCGACAAGGACGAACUGCCAGAUGGCGCAAAAACGCUGCUUCUUGACAAUUUCCAUGGAUCCGACAUUGGCUCCACAGUCGCCUUCGAGAUACACAACGACUACUUGUAUGCCGUGUCGAACCAAAGCACAUUUGAGGUUGAGGAGAUUGACUACACUUCCUUCUACCACGUUGCUCGGUUCCCAAUCAAUUCGCCGUUACCGGACAGUCUGGAAACGAACGAGCGGCUGUACCGUCGCCAGCAUAAUCAGGGACCAAUUCACGACUCGUGGACCGAUCUUACGCUACAGCUGGACGAGCACACGAACGAGACGGUGAUUGUUGAGUCGCGGCGAGAAUGGGCUGAGGCAUCGUCUCGCCAAUCGCGUGCGUUUUAUGUCACCAGGCUGGAAUUCCACAGUGAAGAGGAGGACUUGGCUGAUGAGUGGUUGCUUCCCGAAGAUGAUGUAUACCUCCAUGUGAUAGACUCGUCCAAUAAGCCUCAGUGGAAACCUACACCGGAUCUCUACAGCUGGAGCCAACACGCAGAAUUUUCCAGCAAUGACCCUUCGCCACGCUCCUUUGUGCUGAGCAAGACAAAGUUUAGGGCGUACGACUACGGGUGCACGAGUUUUCUGGAUCUUGUCGAAGAUGAUCGGUGCUGCAACGACGCUUCGAAGCCCCCGUGUCUUAGGCUUCGAAUAGGAUCACGACGUGAGAUAGGUCUCGGUGAGGCUCUGGUGAACCGCAAGGGCAAGGCUAUCAUUGUCCAAACAAAGCCAGACUUUGUGGACAGUAGGACGCGGUAUCGACAUUCGCCUAUUCGCAUGUGGCCGCCCCCAGCAUCUUGUUGCCCCUGUUCAGAACGCGUACACAGCAUACUCAACCCAGUAUUACCUGCCGGCGGUGCAUGUUACACAAGAAGUGUCACGGGUGUGCUCGACGAGCAACGCCUUGUAUUCAUGGUCAAGACAAGGCGUGCAUUCGGUCCAAAUGACGAGACCGCAUUGGGAACCAUUGUCGUCGUAGAUUUUAGUCGGUCCAUGAAGCGCACAGCAACAACACCUAGCGUUACAGUACCAAUGGCGAGAAACGACAGUACGAUGGAGGAAUGCUCCAGCCUUGUGUGGAAUUGGCAGCCAGGGAUUGGAAAGCUGUGCCGCACUGGAGGAUGUUGA